GAGGGGUCUGGACGACACCUCAGAUCACGACAGAGACGCGGAGCCCAGCGGCGGCCUGUGACGGACGCAGCUCGGCCGAGAAUAAAGGGAUAAAGUUGAGAUAUGAUCUGACGCACUGGCUCGCUGCUCCUGAAGGCAUCACUGGCGGCGCCCGGGCCGUUUCCUGGACAAGCGGAUCCGCCUCAGACCCCCACACCGCGGCUCGGCUGCACCCAGAGAAAAGCUUUAAUCUGUUAGUUAAAGAGCUCUCCCCCCUUCUCCCUCCCCCCCUCGGGUGGUUUGGCUCGGCUCGGCCCGGCUCGGUCGCCCUGUCCGCGGAGAGAAGCUGCUGCCGCCGCCGCGACUCAGCUAGCGGCUAGCUCGCCCCAGCUAGCCAGCUAGCUCGGAAGAAUCCACCAAGUUAAGUUAGAAAUUUAACCAAUUCACCAGAAAGCCACCAAGGAGUCAGCAUGUCGGCGAAGGAGCAACACAAGCUCUCCACCACCGAGCGACCCAUCAAAGCGGUGCCGUACCCUCCCGGGACGCGACUGACGGUCAAAGACCUGUACGUGGACGGGAGGCCCAGCGUGGAGGUGCUGAAGGCCCACCUGGUGAAGGAGGGCCGGCUGGAGGAGGAGACGGCUCUGAGGAUCAUCAAUGAGGGCGCCGGCAUCCUGCGCCAGGAGAAGUGCAUGCUGGAGGUGGAGGCGCCCAUCACAGUGUGUGGAGACGUCCAUGGACAGUUCUUUGACCUGAUGAAGCUGUUUGAGGUGGGCGGAUCCCCCAGCAGCACUCGCUACUUGUUCCUCGGGGACUACGUGGACCGAGGCUACUUCAGCAUCGAGUGUGUGCUCUACCUGUGGGCUCUGAAGAUCAACCAUCCCAACACGCUGUUCCUCCUCAGAGGAAACCACGAGUGCCGGCACCUCACAGAGUACUUCACCUUCAAACAGGAGUGUAAAAUCAAGUACUCUGAGCGUGUUUAUGAUGCCUGUAUGGAUGCGUUUGACUGCCUGCCGCUGGCCGCUCUCCUCAACCAGCAGUUCCUCUGCGUGCACGGAGGACUGAGCCCCGAGGUCACCUGUCUGGACGACAUACGCAAGCUGGACCGGUUUAAAGAGCCUCCUGCCUUCGGGCCGAUGUGCGACCUGCUGUGGUCGGACCCCGGCGAGGACUACGGCUCCGAGAAGACCCAGGAACACUUCUGCCACAACAGUGUGAGAGGCUGCUCUUAUUUCUACAGUUACCCUGCAGUAUGUGACUUCCUGAUGAACAAUAACCUGUUGUCUGUAAUACGAGCACAUGAAGCUCAGGAUGCAGGGUAUCGAAUGUACAGGAAAAGUCAGACGACAGGCUUCCCCUCUUUAAUUACAAUCUUCUCGGCUCCUAACUACCUGGACGUGUACAAUAACAAAGCGGCGGUGCUGAAAUAUGAGAAUAAUGUGAUGAACAUCCGGCAGUUUAACUGCUCCCCUCACCCCUACUGGCUACCCAACUUCAUGGACGUCUUCACCUGGUCUCUGCCCUUCGUGGGAGAGAAAGUGACGGAGAUGCUGGUGAACGUGUUGAACAUCUGCUCUGACGACGAGCUGAUGUCAGAGGGCGACGACACGUGUGAGGGAGGAGCUCCAGCUGUCAGGAAGGAGGUGAUCAGAAAUAAGAUCCGGGCGAUCGGGAAGAUGGCUCGAGUCUUCUCUGUGCUCAGAGAGGAGAAUGAGAGUGUGUUACAGCUGAAGGGGCUGACCCCGACAGGAACGCUGCCCGUGGGAGUUUUGUCCGGAGGUCGGCGAACUCUUCAAAGCGCCACCGUAGAGGCAGAAGAGGCACGAGCCAUUCAAGGCUUCAACCCGCAGCACAAGAUCCAGAGCUUCGAGGAGGCUCGAGGUCUGGACCGCAUCAACGAGAGGAUGCCCCCCCGCCGCGACAGCAAGCAGCAGGAGGCCGUCCCCUCCCUCAACAACCUGCCGGCCAGCACCGGACCCCCAGACAAGAACGGCACCAACGCACAGGCCUAAACCCUCUCCUCCUGCUCCUCCUCUCCUCCUCUCUUCACCUUCUCCUCACCUCCUCCUGCUCCUGCUCUCCUCCUCC